UCCGCCUUCUUAUACAGCCGCAGCCGGCCCCCGCUUGGACGAGGCGACAUGGCGGCCGCGCUGCUGCUGGCGCUGGGCUUCACGCUCCUGGGAGGCCAAGGCGCCUUGGCGGCGGCUGGCUUCCUCAAGGCGCCGCUGUCCCAGGAGCGGUGGGCGGGGGGCACCGUGGUCCUGCAUUGUGAGGCUGUGGGCAGCCCUAUCCCUGAGAUCCAGUGGUGGUUUGAAGGGAAUGAUCCAAACGACAACUGCUCCCAGCUCUGGGAUGGCGCCCGGCUGGACCGAAUUCACAUCCAUGCUGCCUACCGCCAGCAUGCAGUCAGCACGCUGUCUGUUGAUGGGCUCGCCGCAGAGGACACAGGCACCUAUGAGUGCCGGGCCAGCAGUGACCCUGAUCGCAACCACCUGACCCGACCACCCAGGGUCAAGUGGGUCCGUGCCCAGGCGAGCGUGGUGGUCCUUGAACCGGGCACCAUCACAACCUCUGUCCGUGACGUCGGCUCCAAGACACACCUUACCUGCUCUUUGAACAGCAGUGGCGUCGACAUUGUUGGCCACCGCUGGAUGAGAGGUGGCCAAGUGCUGCAGGAGGACACGUUGCCUGACCUGCAGAUGCAGUACACGGUGGACACACAUGACCGCUCUGGUACAUAUUCCUGCAUCUUUCUCCCUGAGCCUGUGGGCAGAAGUGACAUCGACGUGGAGGGGCUACCCCGGAUCAGGAGUGUAAAGAAGUCAGAGCAUGGCAGCGAGGGAGAGACUGCGAAGCUGGUUUGCAAGUCUGACUCCUCUCACCCUCCUAUCAAUGAGUGGGCGUGGUUUAAGAUCUCUGACUCUGGGGACAAGCCCAUCACUAAUACCUCUGACUACAAGUAUGCUGUGCGUUCCACACCUGAGAAGACAGAGCUGACCAUCAGCAAUCUGGACAUGAAUACUGACGCCGGCACCUAUGCGUGUAACGCCACCAACUCCCAGGGCAGUGUGCAGGAGACCAUCACGCUGCGUGUGCGCAGCCGCCUGGCUGCCCUCUGGCCCUUCCUGGGCAUUGUGGCCGAGGUCCUGGUGUUGGUCACCAUUAUCUUUAUCUAUGAGAAGCGGCGGAAGCCAGACCAGACCCUGGACGAGGAUGACCCCGGCACCGCCCCGCUGAAGGGCAGCGGGCAUCACCUGAAUGACAAGGACAAGAAUGUACGCCAGAGGAACGCCACCUGAGUGGCAGGGCAGGUGGGGGAGCGCCAGGGUGCCUGACCUCAGCGUCUGCCUCCACUACUGUGUCCCAUCCCGUCCCCACCUGAGCCAACCCAGCCUGACUCCCUGUCCCAGCCCAGGUGAAGAAGCCUCACCUUGCAGAGAGCCCACCUGGAAGAAAUGAGCCGCCUGCAGCACCCCUGUCUCUAGUUUAAACUAAAUGAGGGUCUCUGCAGAGCCCAUUCCUGAGGGGGUUCUGUUUUUAUUUUUCCUUCCCUUUCAAGCGUGUCACUGCAGCCCUGUGGAGUGGGGAAAUGGGGCCUGUCCUUGGUCAUGAGGGAGAGGCCAGGGCAAGCUGACCUGCCACCACUUGCUCCCCUGUAUGGGACUGCCCAUUCCCGCCAUAGGCAACAUGGCUGGGCCUGCUGGGACCCCACAAAUAAAGACCUACCCCACCAUG